CCCGGCGCGCCAGUCCGUUAGAAGUAUUCGGAAGAAUAGGUUGUGUCUCGCAGCUAUUUAUAAUUAAUCGCGUGUGACUGACCGCGCGGAGUGCGCUCUCUUGCAGUGAUUUUUGUGUUCAGUGGAAGUGUGUGGGUGUAUCGUUUUUGGAGUGUCCUGUAGACGAUGACCGUGUGUGCUUGACGUGGGGAUGUAUCCUAGCGCGGGCGCAAUGAACGCUGCCGCCGCCGCUGCUGCCGUGGCGGCUGCUAGGCAUCCGCAGGGACCGCCGCAGCCGGGCCAACCAAUUAAGUUCACCGUGGGUGAAUCUUGUGACAGAAUAAAAGAAGAAUUCAACUUUCUACAAGCUCAAUAUCACAAUUUAAAAUUAGAAUGUGAAAAACUGGCCAGUGAGAAAAUUGAAAUACAAAGGCAUUAUGUUAUGUACUAUGAAAUGUCAUAUGGGCUCAAUGUGGAAAUGCAUAAACAGACGGAAAUAGCAAAGAGGUUAAAUGCAAUAAUCGCGCAAAUACUGCCGUUUCUCUCACAAGAUCACCAACAGCAAGUGGCCUCAGCUGUAGAAAGGGCGAAGCAGGUCACAAUGACGGAACUCAACGCAAUUAUUGGGCAACAACGACCUGAUCUGCCAAGAUUACUACAACAAAUGCAUGCUGCCCAUCUUCCAGCUCAUGGAGCUCCGCCUUUGCCACUCCUAGGGCAAGGUGCUUUGCCCCCUGCGGGGCUACUCGGCCUAGGGGUACCUCCACAUCAUCCACUCUCAGUGUUAGCAAAACCACCAGAUAUACACCGACCAGACGAUAAAGGAAACGGUAUCAGUUCGGCAGAGGAGAGACAUAGAAAUUCAAUAUCGCCUGGCGAGAGGGAAAAAUAUAGAACGCGAAGUCCAAUGGAGCCUGACCACAAAAAGCCGAAGAAGGAAGAGAAGGACAUGGGGCAUGAAUUAGUAGUAGACGACGCUAGUGAAGAGCCAACAUCACCGCACAACGGUGCGCCAUCGCCAAGAGAAAAUGGCCUGGACAAAUUGCAACCAAAAAAGGAACAUCCACCUCACAGCCCCAGAUCCGGAACGUCUAGCAACGCGUCAACACCGUCAGCAAAAAAGUUAGAUGAAAAACCAAGUACGCCCAUAUCGAAGCCUGUGACGCCUACGUCUGGGGCAAGCGGGGUCGCAGCGCCCUUAAAAGCGGCGGUGAAGCCGCCAGCGCUGCAAUAUCCCUAUUUGGGGAACGGGGCCCAUGACGCAUACGGCCUGGCGGGGUAUUCAGCACGAGCGGCGUUGGCCUAUGAGCCCCUAAGACCACCGAUAGGACCCGCCGCGCUUGCUCCUAUACCUGGAGGAAAACCGGCAUACUCAUUCCACGUUUCAGCGGAGGGCCAAAUGCAGCCCGUACCUUUCCCCCCCGAUGCCUUAAUGGGCCCGGGGAUCCCCCGCCACGCACGUCAAGUGUCGGCCUUAGCGCACGGCGAAGUCGUGUGCGCUGUGACCGUGUCCUCCCCCACAAAGUACGUGUAUACUGGUGGCAAGGGCUGCGUCAAAGUGUGGGACAUCAGCCAGCCCAGUAAAGCCCCCGUCAGCCAACUGGAUUGCUUGCAACGGGAUAACUACAUAAGAUCAGUGAAGUUAUUACCAGACGGGCGAACCUUAAUAGUGGGCGGUGAAGCCUCCAACCUAUCAAUAUGGGACCUCGCGUCACCAACGCCACGGAUUAAGGCUGAACUGACCUCUUCAGCCCCUGCCUGUUACGCUUUGGCUAUAAGUCCCGAUUCUAAAGUAUGCUUCAGUUGUUGUUCUGACGGCAACAUAGCGGUUUGGGACCUUCACAAUCAGACCCUGGUCCGACAAUUCCAAGGACACACAGACGGCGCGUCGUGUAUAGAUAUAUCUGCGGAUGGUACUAAAUUGUGGACUGGAGGACUCGAUAAUACCGUCAGAUCGUGGGACCUAAGGGAAGGUCGGCAAUUACAACAACACGACUUCAGUUCACAAAUAUUCUCAUUAGGAUACUGUCCAACCGGCGAAUGGCUGGCUGUGGGCAUGGAGAACAGCAACGUGGAGGUCCUCCACGCGGUGAAGCCAGACAAAUACCAGCUCCACUUGCACGAGUCGUGCGUGCUCUCGCUGCGGUUCGCGUCUUGCGGGAAGUGGUUCGUCUCUACGGGGAAAGACAAUCUGCUCAACGCGUGGCGUACUCCAUAUGGCGCUAGUAUCUUCCAGUCUAAAGAAUCAUCAUCGGUGCUAAGCUGUGACAUUUCAUCUGACGACAAAUAUAUCGUAACGGGUUCCGGCGACAAAAAGGCGACAGUGUAUGAAGUGAUCUAUUAAAGACAAUAAACAAACGAACAAAACAGAUCAACGAGUGAAUGAACGUUCCGCGAACGAGUGAAAAGUGAUAUAGCUUUAGUAUAUGUAUAAUUGGGAGCCUGUAUGUACUUAUGCGACUUGUUUAUAUAGUGUUAGUGUGCGCGGUUUUUGUUUAUUUGUUGAGCGCCCGUAGUGUAUGUUGGCAGCAGAUCUCAAAAUGAUGAUUUCGUUUCAAUAUUGUUGUAAAAUGCUCGUAUUAAAAAGAUAUGCGCAAAUUA